UAUUAAUAAUUAAUUCUCUUACACCAUUUCAACCUUCCAAGUCAACAAGUCAAUCUGCCUGUUGAUUCCAGAAAAAGGACACCGUCUCCUACUCCAAGACCCUGCAUUGGUCUUUUUCUUGCGGCACAGAAAUCUUCACCAUCUUCAACCUCAGAAUUUCCAACACAUUCACCACCAAAACCCACUUAAAUAAUUCCUCAACAAAAAUUUGAAAAUUCCCAUCAAACUUAAUCACCAUGAUGUUCUCUAAGAACAUGGAAAUGCCUUCAGCCAAAACGGUGAUCUCCACCGCAGCCUCAGUCGGCGCCGCCGCCAUGUUAAUCCGGUCCACGGCACGUGACUGGGUGCCCAGUGAGCUCCAACACUAUGUUUCACUGAAACUCAGAAGCCUCCUCAGCUCUCUCUCUUCUCAGCUCACCCUUGUCAUUGAAGAGUUCGAAGGUCUCAACCACAACCACCUUUUCAAGGCCGCCCAGCUGUAUUUGAGACCCACAAUCUCCCCCAACACAAAACGAUUCAGAGUCACAAUGCCAACCAAAGAAAACAAGAUCUCUGUUUCCAUGCUGAGAAAUGAAGAGAUCGUCGACUUUUUCAAUGGAGUCAAACUCAAUUGGAAGUUGGUUUCCAAGGAAAUCCCAUCCAAGUACAUAGACAAUCCGGACAGUAGAGGUCAAUUCGGGGGAUGUACGCUGAAAUCCGAGCUCCGGUACUGGGAAUUGAGCUUCAACAAGAAGCACAAGGACUUGGUCAUUGGCUCUUACUUGCCAUAUGUAUUGGAAAAGGCUAAGGAAGUUAAGGAAGAAUUUAAAACCUUGAAGUUGUUCACUUUGAAGUAUGAUCGGAGGAUGAGAGGGAUGGGAGGAGGAGACGCGUGGCAAUCCGUGAAUUUGGAUCACCCGUCCACGUUCGAGACAUUGGCAAUGGAAGGAGAGGCCCAGAAGAUGAUCAUGGAGGAUCUUGAGAGAUUUGUGAAGAGGAAGGAGUAUUAUAGGAAAGUUGGGAAGGCUUGGAAAAGAGGGUACUUGUUGUUUGGUCCUCCGGGGACCGGGAAGUCGAGCUUGAUCGCUGCCAUGGCUAAUUACCUUAACUUUGAUAUCUAUGACUUGGAAUUGGCUGAUGUCAGGAAAAACUCUGAGCUCAGGAAGUUGCUGAUUGCCACCGCGAACCGGUCGAUUCUUGUGGUGGAGGACAUUGAUUGCUCUGUUGAAAUUCAGAAUAGGCUUUCAGCAGCCAGUGCUACAAAUCCUCGUGGUUUUUCUGCUCAAAGAACUGAGGUGACUCUGUCAGGAUUGCUCAACUUCAUAGAUGGACUGUGGUCAAGCUGUGGGGAUGAGCGGAUCAUAGUGUUCACCACCAAUCACAAAGACCGGCUUGACCCGGCUUUGGUGCGGCCGGGUCGAAUGGAUGUGCACAUACACAUGUCGUUUUGCAGCCCAUGUGGGUUCAAAACGUUGGCCUCCAAUUACCUUGGAAUUACAGAGCACACACUUUUCUUUGACAUAGAGGAGUUGCUAGCCACCAUGAAAGUGACCCCUGCAGAAGUAGGAGAGCAGUUGCUGAAGAAUGAGGAUCCUGAAUGUGCGCUGAGAGACCUAAUUGGGUUCCUAGAGAGAAAGAAGAGUGCAACUGAGGAAGCUGCAAGUAAAGCAGAAGAUGGAGAACCAAAAACUGUUGAGUAGGAAGAUCACAGCAACUGUGGCUUUAAGGAAAAAUGCAAGGAUUAUAGACCAGGGUAACUGUAACCAGGCAAGAAUAAAUUAACCAUCUUUCGGAGAAAUUUAAAUGAGAAUAGCACGAGAUGAUUAUUUUGGAGUGCGAAUAACAGUUCUUUGUUA